AUGUCGUCCAAACUUCUCCCUAUCGCCUCACUGCCAGUCGCACCGCCGCAUCUGAGGCUACAGAACAACCUCACGUCCGACCCACUUCUCCCUUCACCCAGGAAGCUGCAAGAUGUGCAACGCGACUGCCCCUCUGUGCAGCGCCGAGCUCGUAUCCUGCCCGGCAACUCCCACUUCUCCCAUAUCUCGCCUUUGCCAAUCCCGUUUCCGUUCCGCAUCCAAGUGCCGGAUGAGCAGAAAGACGCGGAUGGGCAGUGGAUCGAGGGCUGGCUGAGUGAAAGGGAGGCGACCGAGAGGGUGCAGAAGGCGUCGAACGACGGUGACUUGGAGCUGUGGAAGGCGAAGAUCCCUCAUGAAGGACCGGCGCAGCUACUCGCACUGUCAAAAGCGUGCUUGCGAGACUGUUUCCCCAACUUGGACGUGGGUGACGCCUUUGACCUACUUGGUGAGCCCAAGCUCUCUCCAAGCAGUAGGGCACAGGAAGAAGAGCCAGCACCUCACUCAGUGCGAGACGAGCUCACCUCAAUCCUCGGAGGCCAAAGCGUGCUUGCAAACCUAUCCGAAGAUCCAAACCUGGCUUAUUCCCCCUGGUCACUACGAUACUGUGGGCACCAGUUCGGUACCUGGGCUGGUCAACUCGGGGACGGGCGGGCGAUCUCCAUCCUCGAGACUCCCAACACGUCCCCCAACGAAGAGGGUCAAAUCUGGGAACUGCAGCUCAAAGGCGCCGGAAGAACACCGUUUUCCAGAACAGCGGAUGGGCUCGCAGUCCUCAGGAGCAGCAUUCGCGAGGUCCUGUGUUCUGAAGCGAUGCACGCGCUGGGAAUCCCCACCAGCAGGUGUCUGUCCCUCGUCGGACUACCUGAGGUCCCGGUAGAGCGCGAGCGGACAGAAACGGCCGCUAUAUGCUCUCGCGUCGCUCCCAGUUUCAUCCGGAUCGGAAAUUUCGAAGCGUGUAACGGGCCUAACCAUGUGUUCCUGUUCGGUGCUGGGGGGAAACUGGAAAAGGGCUGGGAAGGGAUGAGGAAGUUGACAGAGUGGACGAAGAGGCUGCUAGGUGUGCAGAGUACGCUUGAUAUGGUCAAGGAGGUUGCGAAGCGGAACAUGCGCAUGUGUGCCGCUUGGCAGGCGUAUGGGUUCAUGCACGGUGUAAUGAACACUGAUAACAUUUCGGUGCUCGGGUUGACUAUUGAUUAUGGCCCAUACGCAUUCAUGGAUAUCUACGAUCCUAAUCAUAUUUGCAACCACACGGAUCAGGAAGGAAGGUACUCCUAUCGUUUGCAGCCAACAAUGAUCAUCUUCGCCAUACGCGCCUUGAAAGAAGCCAUCAGCCCGCUGGUGGGUGCCGAGGUCGAGUGCAACGCACCAGUGAGCGAAGGUUGGGCAGAAGGUGCAGACGAAGAGAAGAUCGAGCAGUGGAAAGAGAAGGGAAUGGAGGCGAUGAAAGACAUCGAGCUAGAAAGCAUGAAGAUCUUCGAGACUGAGCACUGGGCUCUUAUGCGAAAGCGGCUCGGACUGAAAGAACAAGUGUCGUCCGAUCCGGACAAGAUCGUUCGCCCGUUCUUGGACCUUAUGGAUACCCAUACUAUGGAUUUCCAUUCGACGUUUCGUGCUCUUGGUGACUUUAGGCCAUCGGCGCCGCAAUCCGUGCUCGAUCGGCUUGUAGGUUCUUCCUGCUCCUUACAGGCGCGUCAUGCUUGGCAGGCGUGGUUGGAAAUGUACUCUGAGCGGCUCGAGCAAGAGGGAUGCACAGAUGCGGAGCGUCAAGCCCGUAUACGCGGCGCGAAUCCCCGGUUCGUGCUCCGUCAAUGGGUGCUCGAGGAGGUGAUCAAGCGCGCACAGGAGGAUGCAGAAGGCAGCAGGCAGCUGCUCAUGAAGCUCUUGGAGAUGGCCAGUAACCCAUUCAGGCCUUGGGGAGCGGAGGACGGGCCGGAGGAUGAGCAGCUGGAAGAGGAAGUGAGGGAAGAAAGACGGUUUUGUGAGGUUGGGAACAGGGAGUUCUUGGGUAUUCAGUGUAGUUGCUCGAGUUAG